AUGUCUGUCAUUCCUUUUAUCCUGGCUGCCGGCAGCCUUCCAGCACUCAUUUUCGGAGCCCCGGUUCCAUCCCUUCCCUCUCGCGAUGUUGCAGGAGCAGCAAGCGUUCAUUCAUUCCCCAAGCGUGAUACAAGUGCCUACACCGUCUUCGGCGGCAAUGGCGAGGUCUCUGACGGCUGGCCCGCCAUCAACGACUGGAUCUCGUCGUUUGAUGAGAUGUUUUCAAACAAUAAGGAAGUCUUGUCCAGCUCUUGUGCCCAGUGGAACGUCCCCAACAACUCAGACGACGAGAUAAGCGCCCUGUCUGACAGUAUCCAAUCCGUCGCUAAGUCUACCGGUGUCGAUGCCCGCUUCAUUCUCGCCAUCGUUAUGCAAGAGAGCAAUGGCUGUGUGCGUGCUCCCACCACCAACUACGGCGUCAUCAACCCUGGCCUCAUGCAAAGCCACGACGGCACUGGAUCCUGCAACAAUGGAGGUGUCCUCAGCCCAUGCCCCUCCAGCCAGAUCACCCAAAUGAUCACCGACGGUACUGCUGGCACCUCCAGCGGUGAUGGUCUCAAGCAACUCCUCGCCCAGGCUGGCGCUGACGACGUUACCAAGUACUACAAGGCCGCUCGACUCUACAACUCUGGUUCCAUCGCCAGCGGCGGCAACCUCGGCCAGGGCAUUGCUACUCACUGCUACGUCUCCGAUGUUGCCAACCGUCUUCUGGGCUGGGCCACUGGUGCUAGCUCAUGCAAUACUGGCACCAUUGGGUCUCUUACCAGCGCCCAGGGCUCGUUCACUUCUGGUGGGAACGGCGGUUCCUCGGGUACCACGACUACUUCAGCCUCGCCCACCGUUGCCCCCGUCACCAGCGUCGCUCCCUCGCCAGAACCCACCACCCCCGCUCCAGUCACCACGACUGCUGCUGUUCCAACUACCACCGCCGCACCCGCUCCAGCAGCCACCACCACUGUUGCUGCCGCUGCCGGUGCGACUCCCGCUUCUUCUUCGUCUGGCCCCGUCUACCCCCAGGCCAAAUCCGCCUGCAAGAAGUACUACACCGUGGUGUCCGGCGACUACUGUCUCCGGGUUGAGGCUGAAGCCGGCAUCACGGCGUCCCAGCUCAUGGACUGGAAUCCAGGUCUGGACUCAUCUUGCAGCAACCUGUGGCUAGGCUAUCAAUACUGCAUUGAGGCUUAA